AUGGAAUCAUCUAGACAUAGGGUCCUCAAGGGUCUGAAUCUCGAUGACAAGAGUGUCCCGAUCUAUCAUGGUUCAACAAGCUUUUUCAAUCGGUUGAAUAGACCCUUUCCGAUACCUAUUGAAUCUUCACUGGUGCUGGAUCCAGCCAUUAUUCAACUUCGUAUACAGACCCGCCUUCACACGUAUGGCAUGAUUGUGACUUCUUCCCAAAUACGGCUAAUAAUAGGAUAG